AUGGUGAUGGUGACUUUGUUGGUAUCAUCAGAGGCUGAGUUCGAGAUUAAGUUAAUGAUCGACAAAGAAGAUUGUUUUUCUCACAAGGUGAAUGGAUCUUCAGAGGAGAGGAUUGAAGGAAGAAAAGGACUGCAUAGCUUAUGCUUCACAAACAAAUCUGCUAACCAAGAGACUAUAGAUUUUGACAGCCACAUCACUCCUGAUAAUCAAUUCUAUGAACUACCCUGGGAAAACGAAGAUUUGAGCCAUUUGCUUGAGCAAAUACAGAGGCUGAGAGACAAACUGGAGAUUGUUGAGUUUGAGCAACAAUGGUUUGAGGCACAGACAGAGCAACAGGCCAAAGUGAUUGAGGCAAUGAGCAUAAGGGCAAUUCAGAAGGCCAUAUUCGAAUCAGCAGUACUCGUCGGUGCGAGCAGUCUACAAGUUUUCCUCUUACGACGCCUAUUCGAGAAGAAGGUCGGGAACCUAUAAUCAAACUCCUAUGGCAGAAACUCUGGCUAGUGGUAUAAGGAGGAUGGCAGAACAAGUGAUGCAAAGGCUGAAGAGUUUUCCAUUGUUUUUUCUGUUUCUUUUCUUUCUGAAACUAUAGAGCACAUCAUGUUUGGUUUGUGAGUGGUUCGAUAAUUACUUUCUAAAUGUC